GAAACUGAAAUCGACCAUUGAGGGAACACUAGAGUAGCAGUGGUACGACCCUUCCCCACUUUCUUCCCCAUACCAACCACAUGUUACAAUCACUCUCAAUCAUAUUCAAAAACUAAUUAUCUCAGAUCUCUUAUCACUUCAUCUUCUUCAUUUCACGAUUUGUGUUACUAAUGUCAAAGCCUACUCAUAAUUCUUGUCAUCUUAACCUCAAGGAAACCAGUAAGAUGAAGCUCCUUUAAAUGUGUUUUCAUGUAUAUUAACACACAGUUAAAGCACUAGAAAAUCACGUCGAUAAUGGUGAUUUACGUGGGUGGUAGUUCCCAAGCUCUAGCCAACUCUUGUUUCUCUCGCUCGUCCCGUCAUUUCGUGCUCUGUUUGUUUUCUAGCAACUUUGUCACUUUCUGUUAGUCGUUUUCCUUCAUCAUCUCUAUUCUUCCUCCAAUUCCUUCUGUUCUGUCUAGUCUUCACACGUUUCUAAACGUUUUCCUGUUUCGUGCGUUGUUUCCAAGUAUUAAUUUGCUGCAGGACUUGUUAGUUUCUGCAAUCUAUCAGAUCUCCAUUGUUGUUUUACUGCCCUAGACUACAAUUUUUUCUGAUCCAAGCUUAUAUGACACGAAUUAGGUGGAACAAAUGAGCGAAUUGGGACGUUACGUUCAUAAAUAGUUUCAUAUAACAAGCGGAAACCAAUUCAUUCCAAACAACGAUAGAACAGAUAAAGCUGAAAUAUGUUGUGUGCUUGUUCGGGAGAGCAAUUUAAGGUAGAAGAGCCAAUUUCUCGGUCACCGGAAUCAUUGGCUACAAGGGAUUUCUCAGCUAGUGGAAUUUCCUCUCGAACUGGCACUGGAGAUUGGGAUUCAAAAUUCGAAGAUGCUCAAGUGGAUGAAGCUGAAUCCACCCUUAAAGAAGCCCUUUCGCUGAACUAUGAGGAAGCCAGAGCUUUGUUGGGUAGACUUGAGUACCAGAGAGGCAAUUUUGAUGCUGCACUUCAAGUUUUCUAUGGAAUCGACAUCAGAAGCUUGUCACCAAGGAUGAUUAGGGCGAUUAGUGACAGAACCCUGCAACGAAAUUCCAAGGCCAAAAGGGAAAAUGGUGUGGUAGGUGUCAUGUCCCUUCAUUCUGUGAGUCUGCUUCUUGAAGCGAUCCUACUUAAAGCAAAAUCACUGCAAGAGAUGAGCAGAUUUAAAGAAGCUGCAAAGGAAUGCAAGAUGAUUUUAGACAUAGUUGAAUCAGCAUUACCUAACGGAAUCCCCGAUUCCAUAGCUCAAGAUUGCAAAUUACAGGAAAUGUUUCACAAAGCAUUGGAAUUGCUUCCAAAGUUAUGGAUAGAAGCUGGGUUAUUAAAUGAAGCCAUAAUCGCAUACAGAAGGGCACUCGUUAACUCUUGGAAUUUAGACCCACAAAGAUUAUCAACCCUACAAAAAGACUUAGCGUCUAUAUUGCUUUACGGAGGUGUAGAAGCAACCCUUCCCCACCCCAAACCAUGGGACCCACCUUACCCUAAAUCCAACACAGAAGAAGCACUGAUUUUGCUGUUUAUACUCAUGAGAAAAGUAUCAUGUAAAGAAAUAAAAUGGGACCCUGAAAUCAUAAGCCAUUUAACUUUCGCAUUAUCAACAUGUGGCCAAUUCGAAUGUUUAGCUGUUCAUAUCGAACAGCUUCUUCCUUCUGCAUAUACAAGAAUCGAAAGAUGGUUUUUUCUUGCUCUUUGCUACAGUGCUGCUGGUAAAAUCGAAUCAGCCAUCAACAUUUUAAAGAAAAUUUCAGGGUGUUUUAAAGAAGAAUCAAAUCCAAAACCCCAUCUCCCUUCUCUUCUUUUGGGAGCAAAAUUAUGUUCUCAAGAUCCUAAAUAUUCCCAUGAAGGUAUAACGUUUGCUAGAAAAGUGAUCAAAUUGGGUGAUGAAAUUGAAAACAGGCAUUUUGAAAGCAUCGCUCACAAGUUUCUUGGAGUGUGUUAUGGAAACGCUGCUAGGGUUUCGUUUUCGGAUUCAGAAAGAGUGGUUUACAAUGAAGAAUCAAUCAGCUCCCUGAAUAAAGCUGCUGCUUUGAUUGGAUUUGACAAUGAUCCAGAAGUUUUAUUUAAUUUGGGAUUAGAAAAUGCGAUACAGAGAAACUUGGAAUCUGCAUUUGAGAAGAUUAUGAUGUAUUCUGACAUGAUUUGUGGGAGUUCAGCAAAGGGUUUCAAGUUAUUGGCUUUGAUAGUAUCUGGUGAACAAAGAUUUGAAGAUUCUGAGACGAUUGUUGACAUUGGUUUGGAUGAAACUGGAAGAGUUGACCAAUUGGAAUUGCUUAGACUGAAAGCUGUUCUUCAGAUUGCUCAAGAACAGCCUAAACAAGCCAUAGAAACUUACAAGGUUUUGUUAUCAUUGAUUCAGACACAUGGUGAACUUCAAAAAGUCAACUUGGAUUUUGAGGAAAGUGAGAGGAAAUUGGAAAUGGAAGCUUGGUUGGAUUUAGCAAAUAUUUACACAAAGCUGGAGUCUUUUUCUGAUGCUGAAAUUUGUGUUGGGAAAGCAAAGUUAAAGGAAUUCUACUACCCUCGAACUUGGCAUUCUACAGGUUUGUUGUUUGAAGCGCAAUCUUUACACAAAGAAGCACUUGUUGCGUACUCGAUUUCACUAUCAAUAGAACCGGAUUAUGUCCCAAGUUUAAUUUCAACAGCAGAAACCCUAAUAAAAAUGGGUGGGAGUGGGAGUGGGACCCACACAGUCCCAAUUGCAAGAAGCUUGUUGAUGAACACAUUGAGGUUAGAACCCACAAACCAUGAAGCCUGGUUUAACCUUGGUUUGAUCUGCAAGAAGGAAGGUUUGAUGCAUCAAGCUGCUGACUUCUUCCAGGCUGCACAUGAGCUCAACUUAUCAGCUCCGGCAUUCUGCUUGGUUACUGACUUGUGGUUCGGGGAGUAUUUCCACCCCAGUUCUGAUUUUGGAGAGUUCAGACAACGUGUGUUCUCAUCUGUGUUGCUUUCACGUUCGAUGAUAGUGGCUGACCUUAUCCACGUGUUCAAUAACUUACUUCAUCAAUUAAGUGAUGCAAACAUUAUUGAGGAGCAUUUGAACCCCAAUGCACCAAGAAUCGAUAGUAGACACACAUAUACUCUACAAGGAUUUGAAUAUGCACUUAAGAUUUGGAUCAUAGAGACGUUUCCCAAUAGUAGUAUAAUUGGUUCCCCUAUACCAGGUAUUAUACCUUAUGUAGUUGCAUACCCCAGGAUGAGGCGUCUGCACACUGCUGAGUGCGAAUGUAUUCUUCAUGUUACUGAGGAGCGUGAUGCUUUGUGGUGGAUUGAAAGCGUCCUAUGGAUAGAUGUUGUAGAUUACCCCGAUGUUUAA